AUGGCAACGGUAACCCUGCGUCUGCGAUACCUCACUUGGGCAGCUCUCCUCUUCACUCACUGCGUUGCGUAUUCUAAAGGUCUCUCUCUCUCUCUCUCUCUCUCUCUCUCUCUCUCUCUCGCUCUCCCAUGCUUACCGAUUCUACUGCACUUGGGCAGCUCUCUUUCCCAUGUUUACCGACUGAUUUCUAUCCGGAUUAAGCUGUUUGUUUCCCCUGCAGAGGGGCUAUGGUACGAUUCUACUGCCUACACCGAGGUUAGUCUCACUCAUUUUCACUUGCCCUGGGACGAAUCACCAUGGAUUAACCCAUUACGACACCGAGAAUCCACGGCCAUAAAUUUCCUCUCGCCGGCAUUGCUCUUGUACAGGGAUAAUCCCCUCCUAUAGGAAUAUAUGAUCUCCCCCCCUUCUCUACCUCUCUCUCUCUCUGUGUAUGUAAGAAGUUGGUCUGGUCUCGCUAGAGCUUAGCGGAUGAGGCCGUUCUCAUCUCUAGAAUGGCUGCCUGGUUCACACUCCACCGUCGUUUCUCAGUGCAAAGCCAACCCGGAGGGCCCGCUUUACGGCGGAGGGAUCCUGCCAGAUCCGGCGAGAGUAAUCCAGGUGAACAACGAGACCGCGGCGUCCUCCCCGGCUUAUGUUCUGGACAACCUCGCCACCGGCACCAGAUACGCCUUUUCAUGUGAGAACCCUCCCGUUCUUCGCCACUGAUUCAUUCCAAGCCCAGAUCGGCGUGUUCUUGCCUCUUCGAAACCCACCGACAAUCUUGAUAUAAAUAUAGCUUACAGAGAUAUUAGAACUAUGGAAACUUUUCAUUAUUCUUCUGAGCGAUUGAUCUCCUUUCUCUCCCUCGGCGGUUCUAAAAGGCUGGGUUAAGAUUAGAGGAGAAGAAUCGGCGCUCGUGAAGGCUAGAUUGGCGACGGGGAACGCGACGAUCAGAUGCAUAGGGACGGCGCUGGCGAGGAAUGGCUGCUGGUCCUUCCUCAAGGGCGGCUUCGUUCUGGACUCACCCCCGUCCGACACUUCAAUCAUAUACUUCAAGGUGGUUCCUUUCUGAGCCAUGGCUGCUGGUCCUCUCUCUCGCUCGCUCGCUAGCAUUUGACCCGUGUUCGAAUGCAGAAUGCCGGAGCCAGCAGAGUCGAGAUUUCGAUCGCGAGCGCCUCUCUGCAGCCGUUCACCGUUGACCAGUGGAGAGCGCACCAAGAAGAGAACAUCAGAAGAGUAAGAAUGGGAGACCCCCCUUCUUCCAGGUCUUCUUCUCUCUCUGUGACCGUUUCCCUGAGCUAACGUGUUAAUAAGAGCCAGUGGGUGACGAGCAGAAGAGGAAACGAGUGGUGGCCGUCCACGUCGCGGACUCGGAGGGCAUUCGGGUGAGUCAGGCAGCCGUCUCCGUCGAGCUGGUCUCCAAAGACUUCCCUUUCGGCUCCGCCAUGGACAAAACAAUCCUGGGCAACCCCCCUUAUCAAGUAAAAACUCGAGUGCAGCCCAUUACUCCGAGGACUGCCUCUCUCUCUCUCUCUCUCUCUCUCUCUCUCUCUCUCUCUCUCUCUCUCUCUCUCCCCCUCAUCUACCUAUCUAUCUAAUUAACGGGGACGUCGUCUCUUCAGGCCUGGUUCGUGGAGAGGUUCAACGCUGCAGUGUUCGAGAACGAGCUUAAGUGGUACGCCACCGAGCCGGAGGCGGGGCGGGUUAACUACACGGCGGCGGACGAAUUGCUGGGCUUCGCACGGGCCAACAGGAUCGCCGUCCGCGGGCACAACAUCUUCUGGGAGAACCCCCUCUACACGCCGGCGUGGGUCCGCAACCUCACCGACGACCAGCUCGCCGCCGCCGUGGAAUCCCGAAUAGGUUCCCUCCUCAGCCGAUACAGCGGCGAGUUCGUCCACUGGGACGUGAACAACGAGAUGCUGCACUUCGACUUCUACGAGCAGCGGCUGGGGAAGGACGCCUCACGUCGGUUCUUCGACGCCGCCCGGAGGUCGGACCCGCUCGCCACCCUCUUCAUGAACGAGUUCAACGUGGUCGAGACCUGCGACGACGCCUACUCCACGGUGGACUCCUACGUCCUGCGGUUGCAGGAGCUGGCGGACGGCGGCGCCGCCCGGCUGGAGGGGGUGGGGCUGCAGGGCCACUUCGGCCGGCCCAACGUCCCCCUCAUGAGGGCCGUCCUCGACAAGCUGGCGAUCCUCGGCCUCCCCAUCUGGCUCACCGAGGUCGACAUCAACAAGGCGUUCCAUCAGGAGACUCAGGUGAGGAAGGAGGAGGAGGAGAUGCGCCGCCGUGGGGGGGUCACUGACGAGGGUCUGGUUGCUGCAGGCCGUGUAUCUGGAGCAGGUCCUGCGAGAGGGGUUCGCCCACCCGGCGGUGGAAGGUAUCAUGCUGUGGACGGCCUUCCACCCGAGGGGCUGCUACCAGAUGUGCCUCACCGACGGCGAGUUCCGCAACCUGCCGGCCGGCGACGCCGUUGACCGGCUGCUGCGGGAGUGGGAGACAAAGGCGGCGGCGGGAGCCACCGACGAGCACGGCACCUUCAGCUUCGAGGCCUUCCUGGGGGAAUACAAGGUGCGGGUCACCCACGGGAACAGAUCGGCCGAGUCGACUCUGUCCUUGCCACGUGGCGACGAGACCAAGCAUCUCAGCAUCCGAAUAUGA